AAGAUCAGUUUCUAAUAGCCUACGUCUCAAAAUGCAAGAAAUCUUCGCACGAAAAGUGGCCAUUUGUGCUGUUGUUAUUGUGAUUUUGGCCAGUAUUUCAGCUGAGGAAGUUGGCCAAAAUGGAGGAGUUUCUGACACAAAGUUACUAAGUUUUUGGGAGAAAAUUUUAAACGCUGUGAAGAACUACCCCUGGCAAUCUAAUAGUAUUGAGAAGGAAAGCCCUGAAACUGCUCACAAAAAAAGUGUUUUAUGGCAAAGACUUACAAUGGCUACGGUUCUUUAAAAGUUUUUAAUUCAUUCGUAAUCUUUUACUUUAUUGUUUUUAUAAAUUUAUU